UAUCUAUCCAGAUCCUCUCAGCUCUCAAAACAAGUCAUGUUACAGCUGUAGAAGCAGAGGAAGAAGAGAGGAAAGUUGAGAAGUCACACUGCAUCACCAGUUUCUUUCACCACCACCACCGAAGUAGGGGUACUGUGGUAGGCACAGUAGACAGCAGUGACAGUAUAAAAAUUCUCUCCCCACCCUCCUCCUAGCGAGCGAGCGAGCGCGGCAACGGCCAACGACAGCGGCAGAAGCAGAAGCAGAGCCGAAGCCAGAUCCGAAGCCGCCGCCGCCGCCGCCUCCGUCGAGCCGGGACAAGAACAGCGGUCUCGCCAAUGGACAUGGAGCUCGACGCCGCCCGACACGGGUUCGCCAAGAUGGGCUUCGGGUGCAAGCACUACAGGAGGCGGUGCAGGAUCCGGGCGCCAUGCUGCAACGACGUCUUCCACUGCCGCCAUUGCCACAACGACUCCACGAAAGACGGGCACGAGCUCGACCGCCAUGCAGUCCAAUCGGUCAUAUGUCUCGUCUGUGACACCGAGCAGCCGGUGGCGCAAGUGUGCAGCAACUGCGGCGUGUGCAUGGGGGACUACUUCUGCCGGGCGUGCAAAUUCUUCGACGACGACGUCGACAAGGAGCAAUACCACUGCAAAGACUGCGGCAUCUGCAGGGUUGGAGGCAAGGACAACUUCUUCCACUGCCACAAGUGCGGAUCGUGCUACUCGGUGACCCUCAGGGACAAGCAUGUGUGCAUCGAGGACGCGAUGAAGAACAACUGCCCGAUCUGCUACGAGUACCUGUUCGACUCCCUGAGGGAGGCGUCAGUGCUGAGGUGCGGCCACACCAUGCACCUGCACUGCUUCCACGAGAUGCUCAAGCACGACAAGUUCACUUGCCCCAUGUGCUCCGUGUCCAUCUUUGACAUGGAGAAAUUCUUGAGGGCCUUGGAUGCCGAGAUUGAGGCGAGCUUCUUACACAUGGGAAAGGGAUGGAUCGUGUGCAACGACUGCUGGGACACGACCAGAGUGUAUCCGGGCAUGGCGGGGCAGAGGAAGUGUUGCCACUGCCAGUCCUACAACACCUGCAGGGUCGCUCCAUCGGUGCUGCCGGCCUAGUAGCAUGAUAGUAUGAUACCCACGUCGGUGACGACUAUGAUUAUUUAGUACGUAGCUGCCAUUGAUGUAUUAUUUCCAGUUCAACAUGAGCUGUGCAGACUGCAGAAGCAUUAUAUACGGUGUCAAUUUAUAUGUAUCUACGGUGCCAAUUUGCCAGAAAGAAAUUGAUAUACCAAA